UUCCAAUUCUCAAAAGGUCACACACUUUUGCGAGACAGUAAGAGAGAGGAGAGAGAGAGCCGCAAAGCAAAGGUGAGAGAGAGAGUUGAGAGAGGAUCGAAAAAAAAAAUGAACCCAGACGAAGUGUCGAAGGCGUUUGUCGAGCACUACUACUCGACUUUCGAUUCGAAUCGAUCUGCUCUGUCGAACCUGUACCAGGAAGGUUCGAUGCUGACCUUCGAGGGGCAGAAGAUCCAGGGCUCACCCAACAUCGUAGCUAAGCUCACCUCCCUCCCCUUCCAGCAGUGCAAGCACCACAUCACCACCGUCGAUUGCCAGCCCUCUGGUCCAUCCGGUGGCAUGCUCGUCUUCGUCAGUGGAAAUCUUCAGAUUUCCGGCGAACAACAUGCCCUCAAGUUCAGUCAGAUGUUCCAUCUGAUUCCAACACCGCAGGGGAGCUUUUACGUAUUGAAUGACAUAUUCCGCUUGAAUUAUGCAUAAGGACUGUUAAGACAUCAGAAACUCAACAGGAGGAGUUUUUUUUUGGUUUUUAUUGAACAUCAAAAAACAAAACCAAGUUGUGUAGUGUUGUUUAGAUUUUAUGCUUUUGGAAUGGGUAAGGCAAACUUUAUCUAUGGUUGGCAGCUUUGCUUGUUUUCUAUGUUUGAUCAUCUGAAAGAAUACUAAUUUGAUUGCAUGCAUUGUUUUCAAGUA